AUGUGGGAGUCUGGUGGACAGUCCUCCUACUGUGCUCUGUUGAUGACUCUCAUAGCCCCCCCCGUCCUGGCCCACUCUUGGCUCCUGUCUCAGCUGUCUGCCCCUGUCCUGGCCCCUUCUCUGGGAGGAUGGUGUGGAGUGCUCCUAGGCCUGGCAAAAGGGGAGGGAACCAUGAACAGUCCGGUGGAAACAGAGGACGACAAAUACAGUCCAAUACAUCUCACUGGGCUCGGAAUAUGUUGCCCCCUCAGUCCCAAACAGCACCACGAUGGGCCUGGUCUGGAGAGCCCACAGCAGUACACCAAAUGGCUCCCCAGCCGCCACGAGGCCAGCCUGCUGCCCAUGAGAGAGGACCUGGCUCUCUGGCUCAACAUAUUUCUAGACUCUGGGGUUACGGCUGACAGCCUGAUGGACAGGCUGGAUAAUGGGGUUCUGCUGUGCCAGCUGGCCGAGGAGCUACAGGAGAGGAUGAUCCAAGGCAGCAAUGGCAAGCCCUUCGUCCGCAGGGUGAUUCAUUGGCGAGCUGAUGCUACUUCUGGCUCUUUCUUUGCUCGGGACAACGCUGCCAACUUCCUCUACUGGUGUCGGAAGAUUGGUGUGGAUGAGACUUACCUGUUUGAGUCUGAAGGUUUGGUGCUCCACAAACAGCCUCGGGAGGUGUGUCUCUGUCUUAUGGAGCUGGGAAGGAUUGCAGCCAGCUAUGGUGUGGAGCCCCCAGGGUUGGUGAAGCUGGAGAGAGAGAUAGAGAGGGAGGAGGCAGCAUCCCAACCCUCACCCUCUCCCUCACCUAAGCCCAAGGCGCGUCGUCCAAGCAAAGCAUCUGCUAAGAAGACGCCAAGCACAUGCGACAUGUUGGAUGACAUUGUGAGAAACAUUAUCGAGGACCCGCCAUGCAGCUGCCCCACUAAGUUCUCUGUGGAGAAGCAUCCUAAAGGACGCUACCGUGUCGGGGAGAAGGUCCUCUACGUACGAAUGCUAAAUGAGCGUCAUGUGAUGGUGCGCAUCGGGGGAGGCUGGGAGACCUUGGGAUGUUACCUGCUGAAGCAUGACCCCUGCCGGAUUCCACCAGUCACCCCGGUCAGGACCUGUUGGGCCAAAGGCAAGUCCCCCAACAUGAAGGACUUCUCACCACUGUCACCAGACAGCUACAUGGUGGUGGGGGCACACUACCGUGCCAAGAAAUAA